GUCGGAAAUGCAUUGGCCUGUUUUGUUGUGGACGUGAAGAAAGGACGUGGCCAAACUUGCAGCCCUGAACUGCUGUAGUUGUGAGUUGCAGAAAUGGCAGCGGAAAGGGAAUUCUUUGCUGGAAUUCCCAAGAUCUCCUAUGUGCCCAGUGCUGGAGCAGGAGAGGUGAUGUGCUUCAAACACUACAAUGCACAGGAGGUGCUGAUGGGCAGGACGAUGGAGGACUGGCUGAGGUUCUCUGUCUGCUACUGGCACUCCUUCUGUGGAACUGGUGCCGAUCCUUUCGGGUUUCCGACGCUCCACAGGCCUUGGAACGAGGGAACUCCAAUGGAAUCAGCCAAGAAGAGGCUCCGUGCUGCUUUUGAGUUUUUCACCAAACUUGGUGUGAAGUAUUACACAUUUCAUGACAGGGACAUGGCCCCUGAGGGCCCCAGCCUGGACGAGUCCAACAGGAACCUGGAUGAGAUGACAGACCUGGCCCUCCAGCUGCAGAACCAGACCGGCGUCAAGGUGCUGUGGCUCACCUGCAACCUGUUUGCCCACCCAAGGUACAUGAACGGUGCAGCCACAAACCCCGACUGCCACGUCCUGGCCUACGCUGCAGCUCAGGUGAAGAAGGGACUGGAUAUUGCUAAGAAGCUCGGUGCAGAAAAUUUUGUGUUCUGGGGCGGCAGGGAAGGCUUCCUCUCCAUACACAACACUGAUGUUGCUGCUGAGCUCAAACACAUGGCUAACUUCUUCAAAAUGGCAGUCAAGUACAAGGAGAAGAUCGGGUUGAAGUGCCAGUUCCUUAUCGAGCCAAAGCCGAAGGAGCCAUGCAAACACCAGUAUGAUUAUGAUGCCAUGAGUGUUAUCGGCUUCCUGAAGCAUUACGGUCUGGACAGCCACUUCAAGCUGAACAUCGAGCCCAACCACACCACCUUGGCAGGACACUCCUAUGAACAUGAUAUCGUCAUGUCAUCUGCGUUGGGCAUGCUCGGGUCAGUCGACUCCAACACCGGCUCUCCUGACCUGGGCUGGGACACAGACCAGUUCCCCAUGGACAUCAGAAACACCACCCUGGUCAUGAAGACUAUUAUUGAACAAGGUGGCCUGCAGCCCGGAGGUCUGAAUUUUGACGCGAAGGUCCGCAGAGAGUCCACAGACCUGGAGGACCUGUUCAUCGCUCACAUCGGAGCCAUGGAUGCCUUCGCAAGAGGCCUCCGAAACGCUGUUCGCAUCAUCGAGGACGGGCUUAUCCCUCGCAUGGUGAAGGAGCGUUACUCGAACUUCAGCCACGGCAUCGGACACAAAGUGGAAGACGGCACCGCCUCCUUAGAGGAGAUGGAGGCCUUCAUCAAGGAAAAUGGCGAACCGAAAGUCAUCUCAGGGAAGCAGGAAAAAUAUGAAGCCAUCUUUAAUCACUACAUAUAAUAGGCAUUGCCAUCUGAUAUCUGCCUGUGAUGACCUUAAAUGCAGCUUCUGUUGGGCUUACUGUUGGUGAUAAUACUAAUGACUGUAAUAUGAUAAUAACCUGUUUAUUGAGCUCUUAUCAGAAUGAAAGCCGACCAUUCUCUGUUGUCUCACCAGCAGUGGUAAAUAACAACUGUAGUGUGUGUUAUUCUGUAAUAAAACACAUUUUGUCACAGGAGAUGUAUGGUUAUUUGCCACACAGCUCACUCAUUUGUCUGUGUUUAAUUAUUGAAUUAAUAAAUAAAUUAACAUUCUGA